AUGACCGUUUACAUUCUAACCGUACACUGGUCUGAGGCGGUUGUAACAAAUAUACUGAAACAAAUGGGUGUGGUGUUUUCAGUGACGUCAGAGGUGGUUAAGCCGGUAAAUAUGUAUGGAGGAGACACAUCAAAGGGAAUAUUUAACAUGAAGCCGAGGUGGAGUCCAACAACUGAGCAGCUUCAGAUCAUGGAGAAAAUAUUUAAGCAGGUGACACCGAAUCCAGACAGGAAAAUGAUAAACGAGAUUACUGCGGAACUCGCCAAUCAUGGAAAUAUUUCGGAGAAAAAUGUCUGUAAUUGGUUCCAGAAUAAGCGUGCUCGGUCCAAGAAAAAACAGCCCAAUGCGGUUAUUGCAAAUAAUGUUAACACUAAUGGCCGGUUGACAUCAGGAGAUAGCCGCUAUCAAAUGAAAUAA